GACGGCAGUGCUGGUGGUGGUUGCGGCCGGGCUGUGGCUAGGGAUAGGCGCCUGCCCGAGGGGCGGCGGCGGGCCAGAGCUGAGGGCCCUGAUGCGGCUGCGGUCGCGGACCGCUCCGCCGCCCGGAGAGGCCCCGCCCCGGCGCCGGGCCCCAUGCACCCCAGAAUGAAUGAAAUGAACUUGAGUCCUGUAGGGAUGGACCAGCUGACCUCAUCCUCUGUAAGCAAUGCCCUGCCGGUCUCAGGGAGUCACUUGGGAUUGGCAGCGUCACCCACUCACAACGCCAUACCAGCACCAGGCUUGCCUGUUGCAAUUCCAAACUUGGGCCCUUCCUUGAGUUCAUUGCCCUCUGCUCUGUCUCUGAUGCUCCCAAUGGGUAUUGGGGAUCGAGGAGUGAUGUGUGGUAUACCAGAGAGAAACUACACUCUACCUCCACCACCAUACCCUCACCUGGAGAGCAGCUAUUUCAGACACAUUCUACCUGGUAUCUUGUCUUACUUGGCUGACAGACCUCCACCUCAGUACAUCCAUCCCAACACUAUGAAUGUUGAUAGCAAUCCGGCAUUGUCAGUCUCCAGCAAUCCGUCAGCCCUAGAUCCCUACCAGCCCAGUGGAACUGUAGGGCUGGAACCAGGGAUUGUCUCCAUGGACUCUCGCACAGUGAACACACAUGGCGCUCAAAAUCUGCAUCCUAGUGACAGCCAUGAGGUAGCACUGGAUACUACAAUCACUAUGGAGAGUGUUUCGAGGGUAACCAGCCCCAUCUCUACGGAUGGAAUGACAGAGGAGCUUACGAUGGAUGAUGUAGCUGGUGAUCAUUCGCAGAUCCCCAACGGCUCCCGCAGCCACGAACCUUUAGCUGUAGACACAGUAGGGAGUAACUUGACGUCGGACGCUGUGGGACACGGCAGUGUCAUUCCCAUUCAUGGUAGCACUUUGGAACUUCCUGUUGUCAUGGAGCCCGACCACAUUGCCGGGCGGGUGACAGGAAUGUCGGACAGCACACUAAAUGACUCCAUUCAUACUGUGGCCAUGAGCACCAACUCCGUGAGCGUGGCGCUCUCUACCUCACACAACCUUGCUUCCUUGGACUCGGUAGCCUUGCAUGAAGUGGGCCUCAGCCUUGAGCCAGUGGCAGUGUCUUCCAUAAAUCAGGAAGUAGCCAUGGGGCCAAGUCACGUGGAUGUGUCUGCAGACAAUCUUGCCUUCGUACCAUCCUCUCUGCAAAUGGAAGAUUCCAACUCGAACAAGGAGAACAUGGCAACCUUAUUUACCAUAUGGUGCACACUGUGUGACAAGGCAUAUCCAUCAGACUGCCCAGACCACGGGCCCGUCACCUUUGUCCCUGACACCCCGAUAGAGAGCCGAGCCAGGCUUUCUCUCCCUAAGCAGCUCAUCCUCCGGCAGUCUAUCAUGGGAGCCGAAGCAGAUUUUGGUCUUCUACUGAUAGGUGUGUGGGCACGAGAAACCAUUCCUGUAAGGACUUGUUUUGGACCUUUGAUCGGGCAGCAGAGCCAUUCUCUGGAGGUGGCUGACUGGACAGACAAAGCAGCUAGUCACAUCUGGAAGAUCUAUCACAAUGGUGUCCUGGAGUUCUGCAUCAUUACAACUGAUGAAAAUGAAUGUAACUGGAUGAUGUUUGUACGCAAAGCCAGGAACCGGGAAGAGCAGAAUCUGGUAGCUUACCCUCACGAUGGAAAAAUCUACUUCUGCACCUCUCGGGACAUCCCGCCUGAACACGAGCUCCUCUUCUAUUACAGUCGGGACUAUGCACGACAGCUUGGUGUCCCUGAACAUCCGGAUGUACACAUCUGCCACUGCGGAAAGGAGUGCGCUUCCUACACUGACUUCAAGGCCCAUCUGAGCAGCCAUAUUCACAACCACCUCCCUAGCCAGGGGCACAGCAGCAGCCAUGGGCCGGGCCACAGCAAGGAGAGGAAGUGGAAGUGCUCCAUGUGCCCCCAGGCUUUCAUCUCCCCUUCCAAGCUCCACGUCCACUUCAUGGGGCAUAUGGGCAUGAAGCCACACAAGUGUGAUUUCUGUAGCAAAGCUUUCAGUGAUCCUAGCAACUUACGGACACACCUCAAGAUCCACACAGGCCAGAAGAAUUACCGCUGCACGCUGUGUGACAAGUCCUUCACCCAGAAGGCUCACCUGGAAUCGCACAUGGUCAUCCACACCGGCGAGAAGAAUCUGAAGUGCGAUUACUGUGAAAAGCUCUUCAUGCGGCGGCAGGACCUCAAGCAGCACGUGCUCACUCACACACAAGAACGGCAGAUCAAAUGCCCCAAGUGUGACAAGCUGUUUUUGAGGACAAACCACCUGAAGAAGCAUCUCAAUUCACAUGAAGGAAAGAGGGACUAUGUCUGUGAAAAAUGCUCCAAGGCUUAUCUAACCAAAUAUCACCUCACUCGCCACUUAAAAAUAUGUAAAGGCCCCACAUCCAGCCUGUCAGCCCCAGAGGAGGAAGAGGAGGAGGAUUCAGAGGAGGAACUAAUAGACUCAGUGAGGACUGAAGACUGUAGGAUUAACAAUGGAGUGUAUUCAACAGGUGAUGCCCUCUCUGGACACAAAUGAAGAGAGAGGAAGUUUUCUUGGGUGUUACAACUGGGGAAGGAAAAACCCCAACUCUUCCUCGUUUCCCCAGUCAACAGCGUAUGACGAAUACGGAGUUUUCCUUCUGUUUUGGUCUCCACACCACAUCACUUAGUAAACUCUGUAGCCAAAACACUGAAUGAGAGUGGAUCCUGGAUGUACAAGUGAGGAGUUGCUAAGGAGGAAAUAUGAGGCAGGGAGGGUUUUUUCACACACACUGUGCAUACUUGCUUUCCAAAUCACUCAAACGAAUCCAUCCAGUGCUGGGAUAUGUGUCACACCUUGCAUAGACCUUUGAGUAAAGAGCCACAUACCGGAAAUGUAGUCAAGUGAUGGCAGUGACCUGUAAGCCAGCUGUCCUUAACUGCCAAAGCCAUGACAAUA